CGAAACCGAAAACAUGUAUUCAAAGAUAUUAAUUCUGUAUAUACACAAUGAUGACCAGUGAAAAGAUGAUAUAUUAGAGAGAAUGGUGAAGUUGAUUAGGACUUUGCCCUGAAACAUCCUCUCUCCGUUGAAAUCUGUAAGAUUUGAGACAAAGUGAAUCUUAUAAGAAUGGGGGAUGAGCCAAGGUUUAGUGAGAAAUGGGAUUUCAGAAGGCAGGAGAACAACUUUGAUGAUGAUUCUUCAAGCGACGAUCCGGAUUCAUUUUCAACUCACGAACCGAUUAUUCAUAACACAGAUCCUGUUCUUGACUCUAAUCAGCUAGACAAUGGAACAAAAACAGUGUCUACGGAGCAACCUGUGAAAACCCGGAAGAGAAAGAGCAAGAACGAUGAGAGUAAGCCUGAGAAAGCUAAACAAGUAAGGAGAAGGAAACCGAAAACUGUUUGUGCAGAGGAGAAUACGAAGAAAGAGGAAACGGUAAUGGAGACGGAUGAAGUUGGAAUGUUUAUGAAGACGUUGCUUGAUGAUCUUACAGCUUCUAGAGAGAGCUUAAUGAAUUGGAUGAACACUGAAUUGGAUGGACCAUCGGAUCAACAUGUUGUGUCUCGACCACCUCCGAAGAAGAGAGCGGUUGCUGCGGGACCAGUGAAGAAGAGGAGAACGAAGACAAAAGGACAAGAGGAGGAGAGUGAAAAACAGAGGAAACAGGACGAGAUUUGUCAAAGGAUGAACAAACCUAAAGAGAAGGGUUCAGAGGUUGUGCAGAACGGUGGAGAUCAAGCUCAACAACUUGAUUAUGAUGUUGGAACGUUGGAUAUGUUUCUCAGGAGCGGUCAUGAACAAGGACAACAAGGUAUUGUUGCGCAAAUCGAGAUCGAGAAUGCGACGGCCAUUAAUGAGAAGAAGAGUGUUGUUUUGGCCAUUGAAGCUCCAAAGCUAAGACAGAGACAAAAGAAGACGAGAGAAGCCAACACCAUCAAAAACAGAUCCGAAACAAAGAAAGAUGAUAACUUUGCGAUACCCUAUGUGCCACAGCUGUCUUCAUCGCCAACGUUGCAGAGCUUUCCAGUAGGUUCUUCGUUGUUUCCUUCCUCAAGCCAAGGGGUAACUUCUUUAGCAAGUAACAACUACCAACCGAUGCAACCACCAGUAGUACCUCAGUUCUCUGAUCUUUAUGAAUUUCAGACAGGAUUCACAGGAGGACAAGGAUAUGACAAGAGUUCUCCGUUUCACAACAAUGGUUACUUUUCUGGUUUUCCGGCAGCUUCCCAACCUAAUCUGAUGGCACAAGUGAAUCAUACGACUUAUUCACAGCAGCGAGACAACAAUGAUAUGUUCGGAGGACUGCAAAUGAAUCCUACGACUUAUUCGCAGCAGAGAGAUAACAAUAAUAUGUUUGGAGAACUGCAAAUGGCUGUUGGAGCCAUACCAUAUUCCGGUAUCAUGUUUCAUGAAUCCGAAGUUGGUAACGGUAAUAACAGCCUCUCCAAUUACAGAACUAGCUCAGGUAGAUAA